AAUGUAGAAACGUCUUUGUACAUGAUGGGAUGUUGGCUUAGUGAUAUCUGCUGCAGACAGAACUGUCAUCCUGUUGCAGGAUCAGUUUAUUGGCUCCAUCCAUCAAACAUGACGCCGUCCGUUUAUUACUGUAGUGACUAGGUCUGAUGAGGGUUGGCCGCUGCUCCACCUGAGGAGGAGGAGGAGUGGAGCAUGUGAUCCGGUAGCUGAGGAGGAGGUUCCAGGUAAAGGUGUGGCUACAACUACAGUCGUGCAGGUUCGUCUGUGGAAACCAGCCGUUGCUCCUUCACAUGGCCAACAGCGCAGUCAUCGUCUCCGUGGCCCAGUUUGACCCCGGGGUGAACCUGGGCCACAGGCCGGGGGCCAAGUGGGACACCAGGAGGCUCCACAGAACCCUGAGCAAACUGGGCUUCAAGGUGGACGUGCACAACGACCUGAGCAGCGAGGAGAUCUACCAACUGUUUACACAAGAGAGUCGGCGUCCUGUCAGAGACUGCUUCCUGGCCGUGCUGUCGUCUCACGGGGACGAGGGCUGUGUGUUCGGGGCUGAUGGGAAACCUGUGUAUCUGUCUCGUAUCUUCGGUUGCUUUGACAACGAGCACAUGGAGCCCAAGGCCAAAGUGUUUCUGAUCCAGGCCUGUCGGGGAGAGGCGGUGGACGGCGGCGUGGAGGUGGACUCAGGAGGCGACGCCGCAGGCUUCAGCAUCCCACAGUACGAGUCUGUUCCCGUGGACACGGCCGUGAUGUACGCCACCGUUCCAGGUUAUGCAGCUUUCUCAAACCCUUCUGGAUCCGUGUUCCUCCAGACGUUCUGCGCUUUACUAGAAAAAGAGGGAAACCGGAACCUGGAGCUGACCCGCCUGAUGACCCGGCUCUCCCACAGUGUGGCUUACGGCUUCCAGGCCAAAGGUCACCAGCUGGGAGGGAAGAAGGAGAUGCCGUGUCUCCUGAGCCGGCUCACCAGGGACGCGUUCCCCUUCGCUGAGGCGGGGAAGGGGGGCGGAGCCACAGGGCUCUCCGCCAGGUCACUGCUGGGCCCCGAGGACGCGAGGAGGCGGACGCCCUCCAUCAGCUGAAGUCUGCGGAGCCUCCAGAGCAGAACAGAGACUGACCAAAUCUACAGUCGCACGUGAACAAACAAACAACAGCAAACAGCUGCUCAGGAAGCGUCUGUAGUUCUGUCAGUGAGUGUGACUUAGCCUGUUAUGAUCAUCAGUAAUAACCGUUCCACUGGAAUACUAAAUUAUUUGAGUGUUCAUGUAGGAGAUCUCAUGAUCUGGUGACGCCAGAUAAAUUCAGCAGGAUGUGAUGAAAUGUUUGUACAAGUUAUUAACACGUCACCAUCGGCGUUGGUUUUAUCUGUUUGUGAUUUUUGUUUCCGACGACAUAAUAAAGUGAAGCAAUAUGAUGUUGCUUCAUCUGUAAAACAACAAAUGAAUCUAAAGUAACUAAACCUUGUUUUUGGUUUAUAUCUGACAGAAGCGAAGGAUUGUUCAGUGUUUUCUUUACCAGGAAAAAUUAGCUCAGACAAACCAGUUGACCCAGAUCAGGGUCCACUGUCCAGAACCGAGGCCCCGCCCACAGAGAACGGUGUCCCGCCCACAUAGCUUGAGGACCCGCCCACAUAGCUCUGUCUCGGCUGGAGCCCCCGUGACC